AUGCCAGUGCGUUCGCCCAUCACGGGCGCUCAAUCAAAUAAGAACAAGUCCAAGUACAAUUCUCGAAAACCAUCCUCCGGUAAUUCGAAGCCGCGGUCGGCGUCUACCACCAAGCAGCGAGAGCUCAUAGACCUUACCGGGGAUGCAGACAUGGAGAGCGUUGACGGUGGUGUACCAGAGAGCGUUGAUGGCGGUGUUGCAUUAAGCACUGUAAGCGUUGAUGGAGGUGUUCCACUUACCCCUGCUGAAGCCGCGGCGGAAAUGUCAUCUCCUGGAUCUUCGCGUGCAGCAAUGCAGUCCAGAGCCUCGCAUACUGUACCUUCGGAAACACCACUACAAUCGAGAGCGGACAAAGGCAAGGCCAAGGCUACUGAGCUGGCUUCAGCUGCACGUUUGCCUACACCAAAUCCUGAGUCGAAUGAAGAAACACAUUUCGGAGAUGUACAAUCUGAGGUCCACGCUACCGACGAGGAUGUCAAUCGUUUCAUCCGCCAAGGCGAGACGAGGCCAGAUAGGGAAGAUGAGGUAGCUUACCUCACAAAAUGGAAAAUACCUCAGAGAUAUCGACCAGAAGACAAGCCUCUGCUGUAUGCUGGAUGGAACUUCGGCGAUCUCCCUCUGAACUUCCUGAAAUAUCUUUCGUAUGAGCUUUCACAAGGCAGGUUGCUUGAGGGGGACUGGGCGCCUCUGGCAAAAGCUUUUAAGCUCUUCUACCCUGACAUGCUACCCGGUCCCCAGCUAAGGGCGCGGAUGCAAAGAGAACAAGCUGAACAAGCCGCACAAGCUACACAGUCGGCACAACCAACACAAUCGACACAAACCCCACAUGAGCACGCAGGACCUUCUCAACAGCGAGGCUCCCGUGCCGAACGCAAUGCUGAACGCAAUGCUCGUCUAAGGGAGGCUUUCAGUCUGGACACGAAAAGCUUUUCAUUCAAGGAACAUUCUCCUUGGCCGCACAAGAGGAUCGACCAGCUACAAGAUGGAGAGCGCAAGAGAUUGGUGAGGAUGUGGGGCAAUGGAUCGCUGCGUAGGAGACUGGAUCCUGAGGAUUUUAGCUGGUGCACAGAUGCGAUGAGACACUUCAACUUGAUCAUUUAG